GCGGGCGCCAUGGCCGCUCAGCAGGGGGCGUCCGUGUCGCCCCUGCGGGCGCUGGAGGAGGCGCUGGGCCUGACGGCCGGCGGGGACGCCACGGAGGAGGCCGAGGGCACCUACUACCUGGAGCAGGUCACCAUAACUGAAGGAUCUGAAGAUGAAUACGAAUAUGAAGAGAUACCAGAUGACAAUUUUAGCAUUCCAGAGGGUGAAGAGGAUCUGGCAAAAGCAGUUCAGAUGGUUCAAGAACAGAGUACAGAUGCUGAGAUUUUGGAGCAGAAAACAGUUCUUCCUUCAAAGCAUGUAGUACCUGAAGUAAUAGAAGACUUUCUCUGCAAUUUCCUGAUCAAAAUGGGAAUGACCAGAACUCUUGAUUGCUUUCAAUCUGAAUGGUAUGAAUUAAUACAGAAGGGAGGAACCAAACUUAGAGAUGCUGGGAAUGUUCCAGAUGUCUACAUCCAGAAUAUGCAUUUAGAUAAUGAAAACAAAACUUUGAAGAAAGACUUGAAGCAGUGGAAACAGGCAGCAGACAAGGCUAGAGAAGAUCUGCUGAAAACUCAGAAAGAACGUGAUUUUCAUCGAAUGCAUCACAAGCGAAUAAUCCAAGAAAAAAACAAAUUAAUUAAUGAGCUCAAAGGGUUGAGGUUACAUUAUGCAUCGUAUGAACCCACUAUCAGAGUGCUACUUGACAAGCACCACAAUUUGCUGCGGCAGAAAAUGCUCACCACCAUGGAGAGAGACAAAGCCAUUGAGCAGAUUUCUGCAUAUCAAUCAUCAUCAAAGACUAUGGACCCAUGGAAUGGUUACCAAGAUACUAAAGUUAGAGGUAUUCCUAGCUAUAAAAAGGAAUUUGCAUCAGAAGGUCCUACUCAGAGAGCACUUCGUGAAGCUAGGGAACAAUACAAAAGUAAACUCAAGAUGAAAGAGCGCAGAAAGGAUUCAGAAUUUCCCACAGAUAUGCAACCAUAUAUAAGCCGGUGUUUACCUAGAGGGAAUGAUUCUCCAGCCAAAUUCGACUACCUGCUGAGUACCAUAUUUAGACUUCAUGAUCUUCCAGUGAGCUGCAUCGUGGUGCACCCCAGCAAGGACAUGCUGGUCUCCUGCGGUGAGGACCACCUCUGGAAGGCAGUGGGGCUUCCCAAUGGCAACGUGCUUCUCACAGGAACUGGCCACACCGACUGGCUUUCCAACUGCUGCUUCCAUCCCAGUGGCAACAUGUUGGCUACUUCAAGUGGUGAUACUACAGUGAAAUUAUGGGACAUGACUGGAGGCAAUUGCACUUUGACCUUUGAAGGCCAUAAACAUGCAGUAUGGUCCUGCACGUGGCAUUCCUGUGGUGACUUUGUGGCUUCAUCUUCACUGGAUACCACCAGCAAAAUCUGGGAUGUUAAUAGUGAAAGAUGCAGAUGCACUUUGUAUGGACAUACGGACUCCGUCAACAGCAUUGAGUUCUUUCCUUGCUCCAACACUCUCCUCACAGCUUCUGCAGACAAGUCCCUGUCUAUAUGGGAUGCAAGGACGGGCAAAUGUGAGCAGUCACUUUAUGGUCACAUGCAUUCCAUCAAUGAUGCCACCUUCUCUCCUAAGGGUCACAUGAUAGCAUCCUGCGAUUCCUGUGGAGUCACAAAACUGUGGGACUUUCGGAAACUCUUACCAAUUGUGUCCAUUGAUGUAGGUCCAAGUCCUGGCAAUGAGGUGAACUUUGAUUCAUCAGGGCGAAUAUUAGCUCAGGCGAGUGGCAGUGGCGUCAUUCAUUUGCUUGAUCUUCAAUCAGGGCAGAUUUACAAACUGAUGGGCCAUGAGAAUGAAGCUCACACAGUGGUGUUUUCUCGAGACGGGAAGAGUCUGUUUUCCGGAGGCUGUGAUGGCACCGUUCGGGUGUGGACCUGAUGGCCAGCACCUCCCACUGCAGGGGCAUUCCCUGUAAGGCUUGGCAACGCCUCAUGUAGUCCCAGACCAGUCAAUACCCGGUUAAAAAU